UAAUUUAGAUCUGUACUGUUGAUUUACGUUGAAGUGUUUUGUGUUUCUUCUAGUCUACAUUACAUUAAAUAAAUGUAACUGUACUGUCAUCUCUGGCUGCAAUAAUUUAUUUAUUGUCCUGCCGUGUAUAAAUACUAUUCUACGUCCACCUGCGACUUAUCCGUGGGGAAUACCAUCCUUUUUACGCCCAAAUGUUAAUAUAUUUUUGAUGAUCACCCGGACUUCCCACCUCGCAGCUGGAUACUAUGAGUGACAUGGAAAAUACCUGAUUUGAUGGUAUUGUUGUUAAACUGGGUGAAGCUUUCAAGAAAUCCAGAUUGGAUGGACAUAUUACGCAUUUUCCACAAUGGAAUUAUACCAUAUUCUACUACCUUUUUUAUCCGAUUUUUACUCCGACGUGAAGUGUUUCAGAUUUUUUCUUUUUACAUGUCCUUAACCCUAACCCUCUUCAGGAAUCAGCGUUAAUCUAUUUUUCUGAAUUGGUAGAGAAAGGAAAAAGGGGAGGGAGAAGAUUUAAAGAGUAACAAUCAGCAGGCAUUAUCGCGCUAAUCCUGCACUCCUUCAGGACUUCUGGAAGCGAUCAGUACAAACGAGCUCAGGCAAUCAUCAAUGACCUCAUAUUUUACGUGCAAGUUUUUGUAUAUGGAAUCCGGGGGUAUUUACCACGUCAUAGUAAUGAACAGAAAUCCUGUAUCCACCCGACGCUGUGGUCCACAACUCUUUUUGCUACAAGAGCAAACUUUUUUUGUGCCCAACCGAUAUAGCAAUAUUAAUCCUUAAACUUGAACCAAGUGGAAUUGACCGAACUACCAGGGGGUGGGUCCCCCCACCCGCCAUUUGUGAAACACUGGCACACGUUUUUCAGCCAUGUUCAUAAUCUGUGGAGCCUGCUGUGGGAACAGAGACACCAUGGGUCGCAAAGAAAUAUCCUGCAGUUGGAAGAAAGUCACCAACAACAUCAGGGAUGUGUUUGAAUUCAAACAACAGCUGGGAUCGGGUUCGUUCUCCGAGGUGUAUCUGGUGAGCGAGAAGAAGACGGGAAACCUCUACGCUCUGAAGUGUCUGAAGAAGAAACACCUCAGCUGUACUAACCUGGAGAACGAGAUCACUGUUCUGAAGAAGAUAAGGCACGACAAUGUGAUCGGACUGGAGGACUUCUAUGAAAGUCGGACACACUACUACCUCGUCAUGCAGCUGGUGUCUGGUGGGGAACUGUUUGACCGGAUCAUAGAUCGAGGGGUGUACACCGAGAAAGACGCCAGCCAGCUGGUCCGACAAGUCCUGCAGGCUGUCAACUACCUGCAUGAGAACAGCAUCGUGCACCGGGACCUCAAGCCAGAGAACCUGCUAUACUUCAACUCAGACGAGAACUCCAAGAUCAUGAUCAGUGACUUCGGCCUGUCCAAGAUGUCUGACCAUGGAGUGAUGUCCACAGCCUGCGGCACACCAGGAUAUGUUGCCCCUGAGGUUCUGGCUCAGAAACCCUACAGCAAGGCAGUGGAUUGCUGGUCCAUAGGGGUCAUUACAUACAUCCUGCUAUGCGGAUACCCACCAUUUUUCGAGGACAACGAGACUCGUCUGUUCUCCAAGAUCAUGAGGGCCGACUACGCUUUUCACUCACCGUUUUGGGAUAACAUCUCAGAGUCAGCGAAAGACUUCAUCCGGAACAUGAUGCAGAAGCAUCCUCACAAACGUUUCACCACGGAACAGGCUCUCAGACACCCCUGGAUCAUCGGCAAGACGGCACGGGAUCAAGACAUCUAUGAAACAGUCAGCAUGCAGAUCCAGAGGAACUUUGCCAAGUCCAAAUGGAGGCAAGCCUUCAAUGCCACAGCAGCCAUUAACCACAUGAAGAAGCGUCAGCUGACCAACGGGGACCACGAAGCCCCUCCCCAACCCAUCCCCGCCAUCGCCAUCAACCCCUGCGCCUCCCAUAAUUCCGCCCAGGGUGUCCAGGGCGUCAACGAGAACAUUGACCCCAGUGCCAACCUCCCGAUUCCAGUCGGUCACAUGACCCCCCCAGAGGUGCUAUGUCAUAGCCUGAGGGCCAGCCAAAGCGAGCCCAUGCAUGCGCCCGUCGUCAUAGAGACAUACAACGCGGACAAAUGCUCCUCGUUCGCGGCGACUAAGAGCUGUGACACCAUGGACAGGGCGACCAAUAGGAGUGGUGACCGCAUGCAGACGGGAGUGUGUUCUGUCAUGUAACUGAAUCAUUGACCUGAAGAUCAGUUAGAUUGCUUCAAGUGUUACUAUCAAAACGUUUGAGCCGCUGCUUGCAUCUCUUCAGGUGUUUCUGCUGACCCCUGCUGGUUUGUUUCGAGAGGGCCGUUCGGAGAUGUACUUGGCAAAGACCCAGGGCCUGAACCAUAUCCAGAGGAGAGUACAGUGGGACCUCUUACGCUACAAUGCAGUACCCUCACAUCACACACUCACUCACAAACUUGUGCCCACACACUGUUUAUCUCCCUGACCCAAGCCACUGUCGGUGGAGCUUUCAGAGAUUAUAUAUUCUCCACUUCACUCUCAACAGAAAACAAAUAUGUAUUUAAAGUAUAUGAAGAAGUAUUUACAAUGUAUCAUUAUCUAUGGCUAAUGCUUAUUGACCUAUGAAAUAAUAUAUAUAUAUGGUUUGCUGGUAUGGUUGCAAUGACAGCGAGAUUGGAACGGUUUGGCCACUUCGUUGUGUUGCUGUCUGAACUUAAUCCAGCUGUUGUUCUUUCACUCACAUCUGUACCUAAAAUGGGUCUGAAGAAACCAGUCCUCUCUCUGAGGUAAAAUGUAAACCUGGUAAAAGAAUUGUUUCAAUGAAAUACUGUACAACAUGUACUGUGCUUCAAGGGUUUUGAGAUGUCAUUCAUCAGGUUUUUAAUCAAAAAUAUGUUUUGUAUUGUGUGAUUUUUUUUAAACAUUUAUUUUAUUAUUUUACGCAUUUUAUUUAGGAUCUAUAAUCCUAAAUGUAAGGUUUUUGACUGUUAUGAAUCUUGUGGACAGGUUUGAUUGUCGCUGACAGGUCUUAUUGUUGGAAUCCUGACAACCAUGUCAUAACACAAUGAAAUCAGGGCAAAAAGGGUUUGGAGGCUGUCAUUUCUCUGUGGAAGAGAACCUGGUUACACUUCAAGCGGUCCUGUGUAACACUGUGUAACCCCUGUACAAACAAGAUUUGAAUAAUAUGUGCCACUUCUCUGCAAUAAGCUGUAGUAGUUUCUUUUGUAGUGACGAUGCCAUUUUAACUGUUUGAUUGGAGAUGGUUACGUUAUUACAACAAGGGCUAUACUUGUUUUGUUAAUAAAAAUGGAAACUUCC